AUGGCUGCUACUCAGACUGAAACCAAGAUGCCUUACGUGCGCCUGGGUAACUCCGGCUUGAAGGUGUCCAAGAUCAUCCUCGGCUGCAUGCAGUACGGCGACAAAGGAUGGCAAGACUGGUGUCUCCCGCAGGAGGAAGCCACCCAGCACAUCAAGGCUGCAUACGAGGCCGGCAUACAGACGUUCGAUACCUCCAACGUGUACUCGAACGGUCUGUCGGAAGUUAUGCUCGGGAAUGCGAUUAAGGAGCUGCAACUUCCCCGCGAACGUAUUGUCAUUAUGACCAAGGUUUUCGCACCCGUGGCCAAGGAAUACGGAACGUUUGCGGUUGGCAUGCAAAACCGUGACGAAUUCAUUAACCAGUGGGGCCUCAGCCGAAAGCACAUCUUUGACUCUGUCCAAGCAAGCAUGAAGCGUCUUCAGGUGGAUUACAUUGACCUGUACCAGUGCCAUCGCUUUGACAAAGACACUCCUAUCGAAGAGACGAUGCAAGCUCUUCAUGACAUCGUCAAACUAGGCUGGGUGCGAUGCAUUGGCAUGAGUUCCUGCUUUGCGUACCAAUUCCACGCGAUGCAAAAUUACGCCAUCGCCAACAAGCUCACUCCAUUCAUCUCGAUGCAAAACCAUUACAAUGCAGUGUACAGGGAAGAAGAGCGCGAGAUGUUCCCGACUCUCAAGAUGUUCGGCGUCGGGUCGAUCCCUUGGUCCCCACUUGCUCGAGGUUUGCUCACAAGGCCUUUGAGUGGCUCGAGCACUCGUGGUGAAGUUGACUGGGCUAUCAAGAGAUAUCAUGAGGGUCCGGGAACGGAGACGAUCAUCAAGCGCACGGAAGAGAUAGCCCAGAAACGCGGCAUCAGCAUGGCUCAGGUAGCGAUUGCUUGGGCGCUCUCUAAAGAAGGCGUGACUGCACCCAUUGUUGGACCCACGAAAUUGAAAUACUUGGACGAUAUCAUUGCCGGUCUCGACGUGAAGCUUACCGACGAAGAAAUCAAGUACAUAGAGGAGGAGUACAAGCCGCGCACUGUCUUUGGUCAAAUUGAGUGA